AUGGUGAAGAGAAUCCAGCAUGUCUUGCUCUACCAACCAAAGACCGACUCUACCAACCAGAGACUGACAUCCUCCCACACGUUUCGCAACGCUAAGAGAACGAUCAACAUCACAUUGUCCGACCAAACAACCUUUGGCACCAUCUCAGCAUUCCGAACAUUAACCAUGCCUCCAGUCAACGUGAUACUCUGUGGCUAUGACGAAAACAACAGAGAUCAGGCCCUCUGUACCAACUGGGGACCGCUAAGAGCGCUGGGAGGGGAAACUGAGGUCUGGGAAUCAGACGUCGAGGCAAGGAUUCAUUAUUUGCGACAUGAUCUCAAGGGGACCUUUCAACUUCCGGCGAUGACCCGCAAUGAGGAGUGGGCCAUUGUGGCUGCCAGUGUGAAUGUAGCCCCGUCGGCUAUGGUAUCUGUCGGGCGGACCUCAGGAAACCGAUAUUCAGUCAUCAAGUAA